UUGAUACAGGUUGAUAUAUUUGGUUUUUUUCGUAGGUAUAGUCAGAGAUGUUGGUGUGUUCCUGACGAUGACAAGAGUUGCGUCAUUAUAAUUUGUUGUAAUCAUUUUAAUACUUUCUUUUUCGUUUUUUUUUUUGCCCCACUCAAUUGAUUUAAUCUGGCCAGUCGCGUGUGCGCGUCUAGUGUCUCGUUAGGCUACAAUUAGGCUGUUUACGCGUUAGUUUGGACAUAAUAUGAACCGGUUUGAUGAUCCAAAUAUUUUGAGAGGAAGAAAGCCUUUUGUCGCAAUGAACGGAGUACCAGAAACGGAUGACCAGCAGCGGAUGCGUUUUCAAGUUGAGUUGGAGUUUGUUCAGUGUCUAGCAAAUCCAAAUUACUUGAAUUUCUUAGCUCAGCGUGGCUAUUUCAAGGAUUCAACAUUUAUCAAUUAUUUAAAGUACUUAUUGUACUGGAAAGAGCCAGAGUAUGCAAAAUACUUAAAGUACCCAAUGUGUCUGUACUUUCUUGAUCUUCUGCAAUACGAGCAUUUUAGACGAGAAGUGGUUAGUUCACAGUGUACCAAGUUCAUUGAUGAUCAGCAAAUUCUGCUCUGGCAACACUACACAAGAAAGCGCACAAGGCUCUUGCAGACAGCCGCCGAACAAGUACCACCAAGCAUUCAACAAAAUAAUGGAAUUGCCAAACCAUAGGUGUUCCAAAUUAUUAUAGACUUAAUAAGUGUGGCUAUAUUGUUUAUUUUCUGGUAUGGUGGAUAAAAUGACAAUGAAAAGCCUUAAUAACUCGUGAGCACUAUGUUUUUAACUUUGUUCUUAAGAAUUGUGUGGCUUGACAAGGUCAUUGAGUUCUUCUGUGAUAUUUCACUAAUAAAGCUGUUUUUAUAUAUUUAUUAAAAAAUAGCCGAGGACACUUAAUUCAAAAAAAAAAAAAAAAAAAAAAUUCGCUAAUAAUUUAUAAAAUCAUAAAUGUUCUUACUUCUAGAGUAAUAAAAAAAAACAUUUUGUAUAAGUUUAAAAUUCAUUCAGGUUGAUUUUUAUUCCUUAUCAGCCAUUAACACGUACCUUAUCUUCAACAUCCUCUUUCAAUUCCAUCAUUCCCUUAGAAAUAUGUUAAUUAUUAAGUAUCCUUGUACAAUGAAUUGAAACAGAAUAUGAGUUAAAAGUCAACUAUUAGUCUGUAAUCAUAAUACUUGGUGAUUAAUCUGUGCCAUCCACUUUUAUUCCAAGGUUGGAUCAAAUCAACGCAACUGGUUACAUUUUUUCUUCACAGUUCAAGUAAAAAGUGUUAGUACAUAAAAUUAAAUCUAACAUCUACAUUCAUUUGUUACAAUCGUUACAUGUAAAAAAAAAAAAAGAAA